UUACAAUGAUCGUGGCUAGAGCGAGCCACAACAGUCACUUCUGUCACCGUUGUCUUUCUAAAGAUAUAUAAAGAGACUGUUCUAGUCUCUUUUACCAGAAGCACUAACCUAAUAAGAUGCCCCGCGAGAUCCUCAUAGGUUUCGGUGUUGAUGUAGAUGCUGUGGCUGGAUGGCUAGGCUCGUACGGUGGCGAGGACUCGCCCCUGGAUAUAUCUCGCGGCAUGUAUGCGGGUGAAGUUGGCGUUUGGCGAGUAUUGAAGUUGCUUGAUAAAUACAACAUCAAAGCUACUUGGUUUAUCCCAGGUCAUAGCUUGGAAACGUUCCCAAAUGAGAUGGCAGCUGUCAGGGACGCAGGUCAUGAAAUCGGACUCCAUGGUUAUUCGCACGAGAAUCCAGAUUCGUUGACGCCAGAGCAACAACGUGACAUUCUUGAUUACACAUACAAAUUGCUCACAGACUUCAACCAUGGCGUGCCUCCAAAGGGCAGUGUGGCACCGUGGUGGCAGACAAGCAAGGAAGGCGUUGCCCUCCUUCUAGAGAAAGGAAUCGAAUAUGAUCAUUCGAACAUGUCUCGCGACUCUCAGGCACACUACCUUCGUGACCAAGAUACGUGGACCAAAAUCGACUACAAGGCGAAGGCGCGCACGUGGAUGAAGCCUCUUGUGAGGGGAAAAGAAACAGGUCUCGUUGAAAUACCUGCUAGCUGGUACCUCGAAGACAUGACACCGAUGAUGUUCAUGAAGGCUAGCAGUAAUUCUCAUGGAUGGGUGGCCCCCAAAACUGUCGAGCAGCUUUGGAAAGAUACCUUUACGUAUCUCUACAGGGAAGAAAAAGAUUUUAUUUUCCCGCUAAGUAUCCAUCCGGAUGUGGGCGGACGUCCCCAAGUAUUACUCAUGCUGGAACGGUUUAUCGAAUGGAUUAAUACUCAUGACGACGUGAAGUGGGUUACGUUCCAUGAGAUGGCAGAAAGGUUUAGGGUGAAGAAUGAUCCUCCUCCGGGUGCUAUGAUGCCAAAGGGAUAUGUAAAACAUAAAGCACGGCUAUAGUAGAAUGGACUCUAAAGCUGUAUCUGGUCGAAAAUCAUAUAUGGUGAUAAGCAACGCAGAGGGGUUUGCCAAAAUAGGAUGCGCCACCAUUUACCACGCCCAAGUACAAGCAUU